AUGCAAUCCUCCUCUCUUCAUCUCUUCAACUCCUCAUCAUCCAAACCAAGCCCACCUCACUUCCCUAAAUUCACCUGCAAAGUCCUCAUCAAUCCUUCUAAAAUAACCUUACCCUUAAAGCUACCACAAUCACCGCCAGUGCCGCCACUUUAUCCGUCUCCUCCUGAUCCCACAGAGCCCGUUUUUAGCCCCACCAAACAUAAUUUCCCACUUCACCUGAACCCUCUUCAAAAGCUAGCAGCGUCGGCUCUAGACAAGAUUGAGGAUUCAGUGAUUGGAUUCUUUGACAAAGCCAAAACUUUGCCAAAAAGGGUCGACCCCACGGUUCAAAUAUCCGGUAACUUCGCUCCGGUUCAGGAGUGCCUGGUUCAGCAUCGGCUUAAAGUUGUCGGCCAGAUUCCAUCUUGCUUGCGUGGCGUCUAUGUUCGAAAUGGCGCUAAUCCCAUGUUUGCUCCCUCAGGUGGUCACCAUUUAUUUGAUGGCGAUGGUAUGAUUCACGCAGUAACUUUCGGAUUGGAAAAUCAAGCCAGCUAUAGCUGCAGGUACACGCUCACAAGCCGGCUCAAGCAAGAAGCCGGAUGGGGUAGGCCGAUAUUUCCCAAGCCGAUUGGCGAGCUGCAUGGUCACUUGGGUUUGGCUCGGCUGGCUUUGUUUAUGGCUCGUGCUGGAGUCGGCUUGGUUGAUGGGUCCCGUGGUAUGGGCGUGGCAAAUGCUGGCCUUGUUUACUUCAACGGUAGAUUGUUAGCCAUGUCGGAAGAUGAUCUUCCUUACCAAGUUAAAAUCAAAGCCGACGGUGAUCUCGAAACAAUAGGACGGUUCAAUUUUGACGAUCAGUUGGAUUGUCCUAUGAUUGCACACCCUAAGGUGGACCCUGUUACAGGUGAUUUGCAUACACUUAGUUAUAACGUUGUAAAGAAACCGUACUUGAAGUACUUCAGGUUUGAUAAUAAGUCAGGAAAGAAGUCACGUGACGUGGACAUUACACUCGAUCAACCGACCAUGAUUCAUGACUUCGCUAUCACAGAAAAUUGUGUCGUUAUCCCGGAUCACCAAGUGGUAUUCAAGUUAUCCGAAAUGAUUCGGGGUGGGUCACCCGUUAUUUAUGACAAAACCAAGAUAUCCCGGUUCGGAAUUUUGUCAAAAAAUGAUUUUGAUGAAUCGCGUAUUAAAUGGAUCGACGUACCAGAUUGUUUUUGUUUCCAUUUAUGGAAUGCAUGGGAAGAAAAAUCUAGUAAUGGUGAUAAGAUUAUCGUUAUUAUCGGGUCAUGCAUGAACCCGCCAGACUCGGUUUUCAAUGAAUACGAAGAACCGGUUCGGAGUGAAUUAACGGAGAUAAGAUUGAACUUGACAACAGGAGAGUCAACCCGGCUGGUCAUUGUGUCGGGUAUGAAUUUGGAGGCGGGUCAAGUAAACAAGCAGCAAUUGGGUGAAAAGACCCGGUUUGCUUACCUGGCAAUUGCAGAACCGUGGCCCAAGUGUAGUGGCAUAGCGAAGGUUGAUUUAGAGAGUGGUGAGGUGAGAAACUUCAUGUACGGGUCAAGUCGUUUUGGUGGUGAGCCAUAUUAUGUUGCUGAAGAGAAUAAUGAAAGUGAAGGAGAAGGAUAUAUAAUGAGUUUUGUGAGAGAUGAGAGAAGAGAAAAAUCAGAGUUGGUGAUAGUGAAAGCAUCAAGCAUGAAGGAAGUGAGUUCAGUGAAGUUGCCAAGUAGGGUUCCUUAUGGAUUUCAUGGUACUUUUGUCAGUGAAAAUGAAUUAAAUCGACAGGCUUUAUGA